UAGUAUGUUACAUAUUUAUAAUUACGUAUAAACUCUGCAUAAACUCGAUUCCUUUGACAUAAAGAUACAUUAUACUUAUUUUUAAUUAUUUUAAAUAAAGUUAAAACAAAUUUAUUUCAUAAUUUAAAAAUACAAAUAUAUUUUAAAUUAAUUUGAUAGAUAAUAGACAUGAGUAUGUCUAUUAUUGUAGAUUUUACUUGUGCUAUUUUUAUAAGUGAUACGUAAAAAAUAUAAUCUAACAUAAAAAUAUAAUAAAAAUAUUUUUAAAGAAUGACUAUGGAGAUUAAACAUGUAGAUAAUAAUUUGCCACUUCCUCCUGAAAAAAUGCCUAAAUGUUGGAAUGAAGAAGAAAGGAUCAGUGCUUUAUUUUCUCCUUUUCGAAGUAAAUCGGUAAAUUCACAAGAUUGGAUAUCAAAAUAUAAAUUUUGGCAAAAUUUAAUAUAUGAAUGGUUAAAAUAUACCAGGAAAAGUAGUUUUUCUAUUGCAGACUUAAACAGUGCCUUUAAAAGGAAAGGUUGUACGCCUCUUUGUUUAAUAACUGUUGUUGAAGAACUUCUUCGGAAUAAUGAAAUAAUUUUAGAAACUGAAUUUUUGAAAGAGCCUUGUGAAUCAUGGACAGCAUGGUCAAUUGACUUACUUGUGAAAAAACCACUUACAUGGUCAUUUUCAAAAGUUAAAAGUUAUGUUGUUAACAACGAAAUUAACAAAGAAACUAGAUACAUAAACUUACAAAUUAUUAAAGAAUUUGGAGAUAUUUUGUUUUCUAUUUUAGAAAAAAAAAAAGACAAUAUUCUUAUAUCAUUUUCUGAGCUAAUAAAAUGUUGCAGAUCUGAAAUAGACCAAAAUAUAUCAGAUAAUACGGUAAUGUUAAUCUUGAUGUGGUUAAGACGUGAAAAAAAAAUAGUGUUUAAAAGUAGUGAAAAUGAAAAUGAAUUAUUGAUUAAAAUUGCUGCACAUUCAUCAGAUGGUGUGACUGAAAUUGAGGAAGGAUUAUACAAGUUAAUCAAACAAGAAAAUGGACUUAUAAAAGUAGAACUUAUGGAAAAAGAAAAACUUAAUAUUAUUAAUGAAGCUAAGUCAUAUUUAAUUAAAGGAUUACGACAGGUAGCAAAAACAUAUUUAAGAAAAAAAGAAUUAGAAAAAACUAUUGAAAAUCGAAUACAAACUCUUGACAACAUUCAAAGUCUUAUAACAAGUAUCCAAACUUCUCAUUCAAAUAAUGCUGUAUUAUCAGCUUACAAAACAGGAUCACAUGUAUUAAAAAAACUUAAUGAAAGUGGUUUAUCAGAAUCUAAUGUUAAAAAUAUUAUGGAUGAUCUUGCAGAAGCUAUAGAAGAUCAAAAAGAUGUACAAGUUAUGUUAUCAGAAUCUUUGAUAAAUGAUGAUUCAAAUGUUGAUUUAGAAGAGGAAUUGGCAGAACUAAUGAAAUUUGAUGAAAAUAUUUUCCCUCCUGUACCAAAUACAGAGCUAAGUUUUAAUGUCGAUAAACUUCAAAAGGAACUUCAAAACUUAAAUGUUGAAGAAAAUAUUGAAUCUAAUGAAUCAAGUCAAUUACCAAAAAAAAUUCAUAAUAAAAAAAUAUUAAAACAAUGUAUAUAAAUAUAAAUAAAAUA